UUGUUGCUGCCGACGCCGACGCUGACUCUAGCUCCUGUCAUAAGUGUCCCACAUUCGUCUGGAAAAUUACAAUAAAUUUACACUUUAUUAAUAGAAUUGCUGCGAUUUGUUGCACGUCUGUAGGUGUGAGUUAACCUGCCAGCUAUGGGGUGUUUGUUUUCGAAAGGAGAAGCUAAGAAAGAGGAGGAACCGGCGCCGCAGGUUUACAGCUGGGACCGCAAGGACCGGCCGGACCCGAAGGAUUUCAAGUUGGAGGACCUGAACGGGGAGACGGUGGGCCGAGUACCGGGCAAAGUCAACGGGCAGCAGUUUGUCAUCAAGAACUGCCAGAACUGCAACAUCUACAUCUUCGACCAUUCGGCAACCAUCACUGUGGACAAAUGCCUGGAUUGCAAGAUAUUCCUGGGCCCGAUCAAAGGAAGCGUCUUUCUGCGGAACUGCACGUCCUGCAAGUGCGUCAUCGCCUGCCAGCAGUUCCGGUCGCGGGACUGCAAGUCCAUCGACGUCUUUCUCCACUGCGGCUCCCAGCCCAUCAUCGAGGCCUCCACCAAGAUGCGCUUUGGAUGCUUCCAGUGCCACUACCCUGAACUGCCAGAUCAAUUUUCAAAGAGCGGCCUGAGCCCAUACAGGAAUACAUGGGAUAACAUUCACGAUUUCUCGCCGAUGCCGGACGAACGAAAUUGGUCACUGCUACCGGAUGAUGCAAAAGUUGAGGAUUAUGUGCCGAUGCCGACGACAGAAGAAUUCCAAGACCUGAAGCUGUCGACGUCCGUUGAUGACAGCGUAGUGCCGCUGACCCUGGGUGGAACAAAACAGAAAGGAUCCGAGUCGUCACUCGUCGUCUUCUUCAAGGAUUCAUCCUCCGAAGAGAAGCUGAGGCAGUUUCUUAAAGACAUGAGGCAGGAGGGUUCUUGCAGCCUCGCACGGACCACGGAGAUAGAGAUUGACGUGGGUACCGCAGCCAGGAUACUUGGGGAGGAUGAACGAUACGCAAAAGCUGUGACAAAUGGUGCGGUGGUGGGCCUUGAGUUCAACGGCACCGACACGGCCCAGACUUGCCAGAGGGUGGCCCAGCCGCUGGUGGGCGACUCGGUGGUGUUCAUACCGGAGAGCAGCGAGGUGGGAUCUCGGUCCGUGGAGGCCUGGAACAGCCAGGUGGAAGCACAGAUGGCAAUGUGAAAAAAAAUUAGGGGUUCAAAAACUUCGGGAUGGUAAUUAGGGCUCAUCUCAAUUGACCUAUCGCGGCAGAAUUGCGUUAGAAUCGCGUGAACGCUGCUUGUGAAAUAUUGUCCAAUUACAUGAUAUACAAAUGGACACGGAACGCGCACAAUCUGAGACGAACAGAACUUAGCGUACAAAAACUCCAUAGGGUUGUCUAAGGGGCGUUGCUAAACUCCCAAACGGCGAUAGGUCAGUUCAUAUCCAGGACGAGUUUCGGACAAGUUGCGGACAUUUCAUCGGGUAUAAGUUGCAGGAUGCUGAACAACUUCCCUGCAAUCCUCUCGCAAUGAAGUUGCGGGAAGAUCAGUAUUGAUGAGUCAAGCAGUUGCUAAUGAGAUUUUCCCCAGAACAUGUCCGGGACAAAUGCAGAGCUUUUUCCGGACAAAGUGAUUCUACCCGCAACUCGUCCGGAACUCAUCCCAGAUAUGAAUUGAAACGGGCCCUUUAGAAUAGGAAUAGUGCAGGGUAGUCUGAAUGUAGUCUCUGUCAAAGACUAGGUUUUGUUUUUGUUCUGCAAUGCAGCCAGCCCCUAUGUAGAAUCUAGUCUUUGGCACUGGCGAAUGAAAUCUCAAGCAUGCCUCGCACGCACUUAGCUUGAAUGGUGUUUUGGAAUUUUUGUUUUGGUUUGGGGUGCCAAAGUUCCCAAGCCUGGCUUUGAUUCAUCUUGUUGGUAGCGCCCUCUACCACCACAGCAGCUUGAGUAUGCCAGGGGGAUAGUGCAAGUUUUACUUGCAGCAUUUAUUCAAAGGACAAAUCAGGACACGGCACAUGCGCAUACAGCACGAAUUACGC